AUGUUAUCUCUGCAUUUCAUAACAUUCACUUCAUUUUUGCUCGCAGCAAGUGUCCUGGGAUCAGAGACCACACCAUCAAAUACGCCCGCAAGCACAACUCUCACAUUUAACCCGCUUCUCCAGUAUCAUAUCACCCAAGAUAGGCACACGCAGCACCUGUUGGCGGGAGAUUACAACAGUGCAAUAGAUCGUGAUACACCACCCACAUAUACACUCAAAGCUCGUCCAACGACUGUUUACCGCCCAUCUUCGUUCGAAGCCGUCGAGAAAGCACGCUUGAGAUCUCUUCAUCAUGCACAGAGUGAACCGGUAGAAUGGGUCGAGCAGGUCGUGCACGGCCCUGAUAUAGAAGAUAGACAUACACUUGUACAACUUGCUCGCAUGGCUGGGGAUGCGUAUCAGCUCCCAGGACGGAAGAACUGGUACGAUAUCGACCCUUCAUGGAACAUCAACGCUAGUUUUCCUUUUGGAUGGGAAGACGAUGAGGACGGGUUCCGUGGAUUCGUCUUUCGCUCGCACGACAACGACACGAUUGUACUUUCUAUCAAGGGCACGACGCUCCAGGGCCCGACAUCGAAGAAAGACAAGUACAACGACAACCUUCUCUUCUCCUGCUGCUGUGCGCGCGUCGACUUCACCUGGAUCUUUUCCACCGUUUGUGACUGCUACUCUAGCAGCUGGCGCUGCGACGACACCUGUCUCUCGGACGCACUGAUCCAAGACAGCCUAUUCUAUUCUACCGGCGUUGACCUAGUGUAUAACCUAACGUCACUAUAUCCCUCCGCCAACGUCUGGCUUGUCGGCCACUCCCUCGGCGGGGCCAUCGCGUCCCUUCUCGGAUCCACCUUCGGCUUACCGGCAGUCGCCUUCGAGUCCCCAGGCGAGCGGCUCGCAGCAAAACGUCUCCACCUCCCCUUACCUCCAGGCCCACCGCCUCGUUCGCUGCACCCCGAAGACGGCAACACCAACGCCCUCCCCCGCGUCCCCGUCACCCACGUCUACCACAACGCCGACCCGAUCCCCCAGGGCGCGUGCACGGGGAUCCUCUCGCCCUGCGCACAAGCGGGCUACGCACUCGAGACGCACUGUCAUCUCGGGCGGAGUAUCGUAUACGACACCGUUGGACGGCUCGGCUGGCGUGUGGAUGUGCGGAAACAUGUGAUCAAGGAGAUGAUUCUCAAUGUGCUUGAGGUGGAGGGACAGUGGCCGGAUGACGAGGAGGGAAAGGAGAGAGAAGUGCCAAGGGCAAAGGAGGAGCUAGAUUGUGUUGACUGCUUCAAAUGGGAAUUUGGAGAUUUCAAAGACGCUGUAUUACUAAACUGA